AUAGUAAAAGUCAAGUUUUUGGUAAAAAUACAGGAUUAUUAAUAAUUGAAUUAUUACGCGUUUUGAAAAGUGUUUCCUUUCCUCACGUCGCAAAAAGUCGCGCUGAUCAAGGUCAUAUUUGAAUCGAGCGCGCGGUGAUCGGACUAUUUUUCCGGAGUUUUGCUGGAUUUUUAAGUGUUUUUAGAAUAAAUUUGUGUGUGAAGUGUUGUUAUAACAUAUCGAAUGAUUUGAUAUUAUCUGUGCUAUUGUGUUUUAUCUGUAUCAUAACCUAUAACGCAGUUUGGAGUCACGUGUCGAUCGACCUCACUGUUGUGUACAUACAUAUAUAGAAGUGUGUCUGGUACGGCAUGCGCGCGUAACAUAAACAUACAACUAAAACGUGACAAUUUCGCUCAAAUCUAGUUCUUUUUGUGAUGUAGUUACACUUGCUUACUUUUAGUAAACUCUUAUCUCUUAUCACGAAACAACAUUUACUACUUCACCUAAAUUACAUAACCCAAUUAUUCACUACCUAUUUAUUACGGAUUCCAUCGAGAUGGAGAUUCCAGGGGGCGGCGGUCCUUUCGGGAGUCCCUGGCACACGCCGCCCCGUGUGUUGGAAAGUUUAGGCGCCGGCACUGUCAUGGGCAUGGAGGCCUGCGGUCUUUUAGAUUUGCAAGAUUCGACUUUUGAACCGCAGACGAGGGCCCGUUCCAACACUUGGCCGCUGCCCAGGCCGGAAAAUUACGUCGAGCCAGGCGACGGAUCCGACAGUAACAAAUGCAGCAAUCAACAGUUGGCCAUGGCCCCAUCGUCCGCCCAAAAUACCAAAAAGAAUUCAUCUCGUCGCAAUGCCUGGGGUAAUCUAUCUUAUGCGGAUCUGAUCACGCAGGCAAUACAAUCAGCAGCCGAUAGCAGGCUGACAUUGUCCCAAAUUUACGAAUGGAUGGUCCAGAACGUACCCUACUUCAAGGAUAAGGGGGACAGCAAUUCUUCAGCCGGAUGGAAGGUUAGUAAUAGUAAUAACUUUGAAAAUUUGUUUUUGGUUUAAAUUAAAUUUAUAUGGUUUUGAUGACAAUAAAUAUCUAA